UAUGAGCGCAAAUCCUUUCUUUGGAACUUGAACGUUUUCGGGGAUUAAGCUUUUAUUACAAUGUUUUUGGAGUCGGACCCCACCACGAUUGUUCCAGAUACCGACAUCCUGCAUCCCGAUGACGCCCAAUACAUAUGGCUGCCUAUUGCCGUGCUUGUUGGCAUUUUCUUUCUAGCAGCUCUGGUCUACGUCAUGUCGCGUACCCGCUGCCGGUUUUCCUGCAACUACCUGGGCUGUAGGAAGGCCCCACGAAACGGCUACAUCAACGUGGAUGAGGAGGACUCGGAUGUGCCCAUGGCCUGUGGGGAUGAGUGGGGGGAUGACCACAUGGCAGCCAGCUUGCUUGUGGGACGCCUGCACAUCGAGGACCCUAAUAGGGCCUAGCCAAAAAUGAUGUAUUGCCUCUCGUAAGACUUCCAUUCAUCCCAUUUAUUGUCCACAUCGGUGGUUGUCAUUGGUUUGGUUAUUACUGCAAACUGCAC